ACAAUUGGACGGUUACAGCAUCACUACAGUCCCGACGUACCUGUUUGUAAAUUAUAUGCGAGUUCAAGCGGGUCCCAGCGCAACAAGGAAGCCAUAAAACGCAGGAGAAGUUUAUUAUAGCGGCGAGUGGUUCAUUAUUAACGCAGAGGCAGGGAGGCGCUGAGGCGACACAUUUCAAACCACAGUUCAGGUAUGGCAGUACCACCAUCCGGGAUGCUGAGAUGAAGAUCCAUGGAAAGAUCCUGUCUUAUUUUGAAUCCUGCAACUCACCUGUUGACAAAGAAGGGUAUCUCAACAAGAAGGGUGAGAGGAACACUUCCUAUCAGAAGCGCUGGUGUGUGCUGAAGGGGAACCUCCUCUUCUACAAGGAGAGGCACACUGACCGGGACCUCUUAGGGGUGAUUGUUCUGGAGGGCUGCACCGUCCAGCUGUGCGAGUCGGAGGAGCAGUUCGCCUUCUCGCUGGUGUGGAGCGAGCCGGGCCUGCGGACUUACAAAUUCGCUGCCGAGGACCAGGCCAGUCAGGAAAGCUGGAUCAAAGCCCUUCUUUCAGCCACACACAGCUACCUGUUCGUGUUAGUGAUGGACCUGCAGAAACAGUACCAAGAGGCCAUGAAAAUGCACCCCAGUGACUCUGCCAAGAGUUUGACCCUGCCUGGUAACAGCACAGCAGAGGCAGCGCCUCCCCCUGCCUGGCUGAGCACAGGCACCUCAACGUUACCUGUGUGCCCGGGGCCAGGUGUUGGAGCGGGAUCUGGUUUUACCGCCAAUCCAAGGCUGCAGGCUCCACCUGUUCCCUCCAAAACAGGCAGUAAGAGAUCACCCAAAAUCUGGCCCAAGAGGCCUGGAAAUGUGGCACCUGUUAAUGGUCCUGCCCCGCCCAUGGCGGAGUGGUCAGCGGUCGGAGUAAUCACUAAGGAGGAAUUCAGUAAACUGCAUCAAGAGUUUGGAAAGGAGGUGAAGGAACUGAUUGCUGAUUGGUCAAAAAGGGGAAAAGGCGCUCAAGUAGUUGAGGAAGAAGAUUUGAUUGAUUUUGGAUGAUAACAGUGUGAAUGUAUAGAGCAGCAACAAUAAAGAUUACAUUGCAAAUCUGUUGUGUAAAUAGUGGGACUUUGAGCUUCAUUAGUUAUUUUUUAUAUUUAUAUAUGUUCAAAAUGUUCAAGAAUAUGCUGUCGCUAAUGUCAUAUUUGCCAUACCCAGAGUCAAUAAAUGACCAGCGUUGUCCUGUUCUAUCCUUCCUA